AUGGCAGUUUAUGCUUUGGAAUCUUUCCCGUUAUUCCAACCUUUGGCUAUGCUCGGCGGAUCACUUUGGGCUUUGGUCCACGAUUAUCUUGAAGGUAAUGCUACGGCGGUUCCUAUUAUGAACGUUCUUGGGUUAGGGAUGGGAAUGCUCAUUUGGGGUGUUACAAACUGUGUAACUGGAUGGGCGGUAGGGAGGUUUGGAUUAUUCGGAAUUAAUGCCAGUAUACCAACCUCACCACUGCUGAAUUAUUUCGGGCUGUUGCUAGUUAUCAUAGGUUGCGUUUUCUUCUCUCAAAUGCGACCUACCGCUUUUGUUGUAACAAACGAAGAUAACUUUGGCUUUGAAGAAAGUGGACUAGAUAGAGAUGAUCCAGAGAACAGCCCAUUGCUGAAUCAAGAUGAGCCAGUCACUGUGGGCCGUAAUGACAAAAGAAUUUUGGCUAUUUUUGUUGCUCUAGUCGCCGGUAUCUUCUACGGUGUAACGUUUGUGCCUAAUCGUCCGGUGGUGAACUCUCGUAUUAUUGGUCCUAGCUUAAUGGCCGGAUUCAUGUGGGGAAUCGCCCAGUCCUCUUGGUUCGUAGCCAAUGACAACCUGUCUCAAUCAGUCACCUUUCCUAUAAUAACUACGAUGCCUGGCGUAGGUGCGGCUAUAUGGAGUGCUUUCUAUUUUAGAGAGAUUACUGGGAAACGUAACCUCCGCGUUCUGACUGGCGCAACGCUGAUCACCAUCACUGGAGCAAUUCUAGUGGGGGUCUCAAAAUAA